UAUAAUAAUUUAUAGAUUCAUUACUUUUGGUUAAAAUUGUAGUUUUAGUCUAUCUAUCUCUCCUUAGGUUACCUCCAAUGGUGAAUUUGAAUUGUUCUCUAAAGUUUAAACUUAUUGAUAUAUUUUUUCUUUUUCUUUUUUUCAUUAGAGAAGGAUGAAUUGGGUGUUAAAGUGGAGAACUAGUUCUUAAUCACAGAAUGAAUUUUACUGCUACUUUUGUUGUUUUAGAAAGUGAGAAUUCCAAAUGAAUUUUUAAAAUGCUGUGAAAUUCAUGUUUCCUUGACAUUGUUAUGUUAGGCCGAGAAACAUUAAUCUUGUCAAGUCGAGCAAUUCUCUGGCAAGUAAUCUAGAUUACUAUGCAUGACAUUAAAAAAAUUAGAUAGUGACUGAAAAGUGAAACCAAAAUUCUUUUGUUUUGUAAUUGAUUUAAGUGGCGGAAUUACUUUUAGAGCGAAGAAGCAACAGAAUAAUGCAGAAGAAAGACAGGACCCAACAAGGUGAAUUGAAGGGCAAGACAAGAAUGAUAAUGUUGUAAUGUAAAGGCAGAAAACAAGUGCAUGUGUUGUUUUGUUCCAACGAAACGAAAGGAAUCCAAACAAGGAAGCCAUGACAGGGAGUUUUGUGAAGCGAAUCAUGAAAUCAUUGUGUGCAGCUCAUGGGAUGAGGUCUUCUUCCUCUUUGGCAAAGGUUAAAGUUGGAACUGAUAUACUCUCUAUUGCACCCAAUGUUUCUCUUCAAAGAGCUCGCACAUGGGACCAAGGUGUCGCUUCUAACUUCUUAACCACUCCUCUCGUGGACAUCUUCAAGGACAAGAAAGUCGUCAUAUUUGGAAUCCCGGUGGGUUAUAUAUUAGAAUUUUCUAUGCUUCAUUUUCAAGUGUUGGAAGGUGCAUUCACAGGAGUCUGUUCAGAAGAACAUGUUCCAACUUACAUGGAUAAUGCUGACAAGUUUAAGGCUAAGGGGAUCGAUUUUGUUAUCUGUGUUGCAAUUAACGAUCCAUAUACUAUGAAUGAGUGGGCAGAGAAGCUUCAAGGCAAUGAUACUAUUGAGUUUUAUGGGGACUUCGAUGGCAGCUUUCACAGAAGUUUGAAAUUAGCCACUGAUCUCUCUAAUGUUUUGCUUGGAACUCGUUCUGAAAGAUGGUCAGCAUAUGUAGUAGAUGGAGUGAUUAAGGCUCUAAAUGUUGAAGAAGAUCCAUCUGUUGUUACAGUUUCUGCUGCACAGACCAUUUUGGAACAGAUUUGAGGUUUCUGCUGGUUUGUAUGUAUGCAUGAAGUUGAUCUUACAGUGAGGUUGGUUUAUAAUCAGUAAAAUUGAAAUUAUAUCUUUGAACAUGAUUGAGGUAUGUGAUGGUGGUUUAUUUAUUUUUUAUUUUAAACUUUCAAAAGAAAUAGAUGAAUUAUCUU